CGGCCAUGUGCGUUGGAUUAUUUUAUCACCAAUAAACACACAAAGAUUUAAUAAUGGAUGAUCAGGCUACAUGUAUGUAUUGGAGCACACUCCCCGGACUCCCAAAAAAAGUAAAAUGGCCAGUCAAGUUAGUAGCAUGGGAAGAUGUCGAGGACAGCGACACAGUCACAGUUUACUGUAAAUGUGACAAUGCAAACUGCAUUGAGGAAAAAACCCAAUACUUUGAGUCAAUUCCUUGAGGAUAUUGAGUGGGCAGACAAUGCAUUACCAGGAAAACUCAAUUUUGAAUCAAAACCAGACAUAAAGCUGUCAGAGAGUGACAGUGCCAUGAAAACCAGUGAGGUUCCCCCAGCCAGCUCAAUUUUGGCCCAAAACAUGAUAGACAUAAAGCUGCCAGAGAGUGACAGUGCCAUGGAAACCAGUGAGGUUCCCCCAGCCAGCUCAGUUUUGGCCCAAAACAUGACAGACAUAAAGCUGCCAGAGAGUGACAGUGCCAUGGAAACCAGUGAUGUUCCUCCAGCCAGCUCAAUUUUGGCCCAAAACAUGACAGACAUAAUGCUGCCAGAUAAAGACAGUGCCAUGAAAACCAGUGAUGUUCCUCCAGCCAGCGCAUAUCCCAUCCCUUUGCAAGGAUCAUCGGAGGCUGAUGACAACAUUGAUGUUGGACAUAUUCUAUCUUCAGAUGUAGAGCAGCUCUCCUCAUGUGAGCAAGAUUUGCUUCAUCACCUGGAGACAUUUAGGGAACAAUUUCCAUUCGUUGACUCGCCUGCAGUUUCUGAGAGUGAGGAUGAAAGUGAAAUUGAGAUAAACAUAGGCAAGUUUCUUCAAUCUGAAUCGGAAGAUAGUGAAUCAGAUCCCGAAUGUGAAUCUGAUCCUGCUGAAGAAAUCACAUCAAAGGGAGGAAGGUUUAAAGAGAAUGAAAUAAUCCGAGAUAUUGAGUAUCCGAAUAUUUUCAUGAGAAAACAUCUGAAACGAGCUCAUUCCUCAAGUGGUCAAGCAUAUAAGAAGAAACAUGACAGAGUCUAUGAUAACUUUCAUUACUGUUUCUUCUGUAAGAAAAUGAAUGGACACAUUCCUGUUCACAUGAAAACUCAUAGAAACAUCAAAGAGGUUGCCGAUGAAUUAAGAAAAGAAAAGCCAGAUUUCACUCGAUUAAGAAAAAUGGGUGAUGACCUACACAAUCGAGAAGUCGUCGAAAGCAAAGAAGGAGAGCUUGUAGUAUCGAGGAGAUCGAGUAAGGAUCUGCUCGAUGUAAGCAAGUAUGGACCAUGUAUAAACUGUUUUGAAUGGGUGCAGUUGUCAGGUUUGAAAAAACAUUAUAAAAAGUGUGUCAAAGGGAAAACAAAUGGACUAGGGAAGAAAGAUCUUGUGUUGAAAGCUCAAAUUUUAGCUGGUCACAUUAAAGGAAACCUAUCUAAAAUGAUGAAAGAGGAAGUAUUCCGCAUAAUGAAAACUGACGAUGUGACCAAAACUGCCCAGUCUGAUAUGUUGAUUCUAUUGCUGGGAGAGAGUUGGCUUCGGAGGAGCUUUGACAAUGUUGAAAAGCGUAAAUAUUAUACAAGUGGACGUAUGAGGCUCUGUGCCAGACUGCUUAAUGCCCUAAACGCAGAUGAGCAAAAUGAAUCUCCAUCUUGUAGUAGGACAAAGACAAUGUGGGAUUUUUUAGUCCCAUCAUAUUUUGAUAACUUUGUAAGGGCAUCACUGUCAGUAAGCAUGCCUAACAUGGAUGAUCUUGAUGAUCUGAAGGCCCCAUCCAAUGCAAUAAAGCUGAAGUAUGAUAUCAGGAGACUAGUAAAUGCAAAGUAUGCUUGUCUUCUGAAAGGAAAUGACACUGAUAUCGCUGAUCUGAAAAGCUGCAAAAGGUUCCUAACCUUGAUGGAAAUAGAAUGGGCUGAACGUGUAACCAAGAUUGCAAGAACUGUACUGCAAGCAAGGCAAUUGACAGAGAAGAAAGAUAUCCCAGCUCCUGGUGAUGUUGAGAUGUUGACUAAACAUCUUGCCUCAGAACUCCAGACAACAGAAAUGAAUACUGCAAACUUCCACAGGCUGGUACAACUGUGCCAAACUCGGCUUCUGCUGUUUAACAAGCGGCGUUCUGGAGAACUAGAAGUCUUGGACCUCCAAAGUUUUGUGACCAGAAGCAGCAAUCUAAGUGAUUUGGAUGCAUCCAUCGCUGAAGACUUGACAGCAGUUGAAAAGCAUCUUCUUGAUAGUCAAGGUCUGAUGAUGAUUAGAGGAAAGCGUGGUAAGCCAGUCCCAGUGAUUAUUCCAAAGGAUGCAGACAAACCUCUGGCCUUCAUUGCUAAUUUAGAAGCUAGAUUGGCUGCAGGGGUGCAGAGCAGCAACAAGUACCUGUUUGCUAAUAAAGCACAUCAGUAUGUACGAGCAUACGACAGUCUGAAAAGUGUGUGUGAAGAACUUGCAUUGAAGGCUCCAAGCAGAAUAACAAGUGUGUCAAUGAGGAAGUAUAUGGCAACUCUUACACAGCUCAUGGGUCUAGACAAGUACCAACUGGACUGGGUCUGCAAGCAUUUGGGACACACCAAAUCUGUUCACAAAACAGCUUAUCAGCAAAUGUCAGGAAUGGUAGAAAGGGUCUACAUAUCAAAAUUGCUGUUAAUUCAAGAUCUGAAUUUAACCAGAAAGUUCCAAGGCCAAAACUUAGAAGAAAUUGAUGUAGCUGAUCUACUGACUGAACAUCAGGGAUGGACCCCCAACAUGUCCAAUACUGCUGCAGAAGCAACAGAACUGCCGACUGAGUACAACAGCGGCAGUGAUAUUGAAGUUUGGGAGAAGGAAGAAUCAUCUGGAGAAGACAGUGAUGCUGUAUGUCAACCUAAGAGAAAAAAGGCUGCACAGAGUACAAGACAGAAAUGGAGUGAAAAGGAAGUUGAAGAACUCAAGAAGUUCUUUAAAACUUAUUUGGAUGUAGGAAUUACCCCUAGACAGGAUGCCAUUAAAAAGGCUCUGGAAAAAAGUAAAAAGGAAAAUGGAGCUCUUUGGAGGAGAAAAAGCCAUUUGAUUAUCAAAAAGAUCAGCAACAUGAACAAAAACAAACGAAAGUGAUUGUAACAACCCAACAUUUUUUAUCAAUCAUGAGUGCUAAAUGAAUAUGUACAUGAAUGAAAAGAUGCUUAAGUUGUGUUUUGGAAAAAUAGAAACAUAUAUUUAAAUAAACCCUGACUAUUACUCUAAAAACCUUUUGAAGAUAUUCACAUGAUACUUGGCCCAGAACAGCAGAGACAACACACCUGUAUCAUGAGGGUAAUAAUUGUAGCAUUUAUGAUUUUAUUCACUUGUGCCCCUUAUUGACUGCUAAAACAUCAACAGACAAGUGUUUAUGUUCGUUCUUUGGUACUCUUGUUUAAGACUUGCCUUUGAUGUCAAAACAAACAAGAUGCAGUUUUUUGUAAUAUUUGAAUAUUGCAUAUUUUGAAGAAAAAGUCAAUCCAAUAUAAAUUAAUUGGUGUUGCAAUUGUAAUGAGAUCCAAAAGUACUAAAUGCUUAAAUACAUGCAGUGAAUGUAGAUGAAGUUGUCAGAAAAUGCAAUGAAAAAUGAUUGUGUGUUAUUUACAGUUUAGCAAAAAAACAUUGAUCCUUUGUUGUUUUACAGAGAAUAUAUGAUUGGUGCUUGGAUAAAGGAAGUUUAUUUGGGAACAUAAAAGCAUAUUGAUUACUCUGACAGGUUAUUGUUAUGAAUGAUUCAUUUGUUUUCACAUGAUUGAAGGUUUUAAGAGCAUUUAGUAUAUCAUGUGAGCUGUCAAACAACUUUGAGAACUGUCUUAUGUCCAACAUGUAACUAAGUUACUAUACAUAGGUCAUAGCACAUUGUCUUUUCAACUUUUUCUUUUCAAGUUUGAACUGUUGAUAAGGCAAGCCUUAGUUUACUAGAAAGGGUGAACAGUCGUUAGCAUCGUUUAAAAUUUUGCUAUUGAUCUGACCUGAGUGAUGCAUGUUACAAAAGAUGUAUCUUUUUCUUGUGUUUAUAAUGUAUGGCCUUUUUAUAAUUUUGGCUAUUCCUAGACUCAACUGGACAUCUUAUCUUUGAUAUAUAAAAAUCUUGACCCACAGGAUAAUGUGUUUCCUCAGGUUUAUUUUAUUUGAAAUGAGUAUUGUGUGUUGGUUAUAAACAUUGUAUUGUUAAACGAAAGUGAUCAAUCAUUUAAUUUUGCUUUGUUUCAUGGAUGCUUUUAGAUCCUGGACUUCUUUUGGCAAUGACUAGUUCCAGUAUUCAAUGGCUAUUAAUUUUGAAAUAAUGGCUGAAUCUUUCUCAUUUUGUCUUGUUGAUUUUCCCCUCAAAUCUUGUUAUAUUAAUUUUGCUGCUGUUCAAAGUUGCUGUAGAGGCAUACAAUAUCAGACUUUUUUAAUAAGAUACUUUUUCAUGUUGUUGUGUUUCUUCUUCAAAGUUUUAUUGUCUUGUGCUUCAUGGUUCCUUUUCAAUAAUUGGUCAGAUGUCAAAUUUGCUUCAUGUACAAGCUUGAUGUAAUUUGGUAAAAAAAAGGAUUGAACUGUUUUUUAGCCCGACUAUUUGAGUAUAAGUAUAAAAAGGGCUAUACUACUCAGCCCAGUGUCGGCAUUUGGUUAAAGUUUUAGGGCAAGUAUUUUCACUUAUAACCUCAAUACCCUUUAUUCAAGUCACUUCAUACUUCACACAAUUGUUCAGGACCAUCACACAAUUAGGUUACAUAACUCCAUAUCAUCCUAAAUAUAAAUUAUGGCCACUGAUUUACUUAGAAACUUAGUUUUAGGGCACAUUGUGUCAGGUUAAAGUUUUAGUGCAAGUUGGGAUUUUCACGAAUAAUUCCUAUACUGUUCAUUCAAUACUUAACAUAGUUGUUCAUGGCCAUCACAAAAUUAUAUUACAUAACUCAAUAUUAUCCUAUAUACAAUUUAUAGUCCUCCAUCGACUUCAAAAGUUUGGUUCAAGUUUUAGGGCAAUUUGGGGUUUUACAAUACUGUUCAUUUGAUGAACUUUAUACUUCACACAAUUGUUUACAGUCAUCACAUAAUUAGCUUACAUAACUACAUAUAAUCCUAAAUACAAAUUAUGGCCCUUGAUCAAUUUUUUUUUACAGGUAAAUAUUACAUCAUUUAUGCAUCCAUUUUUAAGACAAAGCGGCAUAAAGUCGAGCACACUGUCAUAUGACAGCUCUUGUUUUUAGCUCUACUGGCCAGAAGAGCUUAUGCGAUGGUAAUGUCUACGUAGUAUGCGCAUCCGUACGUCUGUAAACAAUUGGUUGUGAACACGAUACAGUCUUCAGUUUUGAUUGUAUCUUGAUCAAACUUGUACAGUAUCUAGAUAUCCAUUAGAGCUUGGUUCCUUUCGAAAACCAGCCAGAUCCGCCCAUGCAUGCCUAGAUUAUGGCCCUUGAUAGUAUAAAAAAAAAAAUGCUAUUGUGUAAACAAUUGGUUGUGAACACGA